AGUGUACGCGCUGCCCAGCCGCCGUGCGCUACUCGCUACAGCGCCUCUGCGCGCUACGUAAACACGAUCCGACGCGAAACGAAACUUUUCCGAAAAGUUUCGGCGAGUUCACAACUUCACGAGGCGCGAGUUUAAUUCUCUCAGUUCCACAAUCAAUAAAGUGUAUCCUUAAAACUGUUUACGAGAAUUUUAUUACAGUGCAACCUCUUGUGAUUAUUAUAUUUUGACGGCACGGAGGGACACGAAAAAUUUAUACUUUAAGGUGUUGCGCACAAGUGGCGUGGCGCAAGGGUGUGAUGCGAGGGAAGCUGGGCGGCGGGCGCCGGCACCGCGAGUAGUCGCGACCAUGCAGGUGCCGCUUCGCACCUCACGCGCUGCCGCUUGCCUGCUUGUGCUCGCCGCCGCUCUCGUCGACCACGCCGUUGUUGCAUCCACCGGCGUAAUCAAGGGCCAACGAGCUCCGUGUUCCAACGAAGGUGAGCCUGUGCGUUUACAAGACGCUAGGCUCGAGCAAGACUUUAGCAGCUGUUUCCGCUGCAUUUGUAAGAACGGUUUUGUGGAGUGCCGAAGCGGCGUCGAAGAGUGUGGAUUGAUGGAAGACUGUGCCGUCAUUAUGCCGCGUGAGGGGUGCUGUACGAAAUGCAAAGGUUGCUGGUACAACGGUACAGAGCAUGCGUCUCACACAGAGUGGGGGGAGGAGGGACGGGUGCUCCGCUGCGAGGCCGGGGUGGUCACGAUAUCCCGACCCGAAUGCUACGCACCCUGCCAAAGACCUAAGCAUCAACGGCAUACCCAUUACAACUGCCCUGUUUGUGAUGAAUGCGUAAUAAAUGGUCAGCGUGUAUGGGAAGGCCGUGAUGUUCGCAUACCCGAAGAGCCUUGCUUGUCGUGCAGAUGUGUGCGCGGCGCGCUGUCGUGCGCGAAGCGUGCGUGCCCUGUCCUACCGUGUCCUCAUACACACCAAUACAAACCUCCUGGAGAAUGCUGUCCACGGUGUUCCCAUCCUACAUCUGAUAAAAUUUUGCCUAUUUCAGGAAACAUGAUGGCGAAACCGUGUAUAAUUGGAAAAGAGUAUCAUGGACAUCUGAACGCCUUCCGAGUGGACCCUUGUACUGAUUGCACGUGUAUGAAUGGGACAGCUGUAUGUACUCGGCACACUUGUCCUGUUCUUACUUGCGGUGCUCGAGCAUUGCCCCCACAGCCUGGCAAAUGCUGUCCAGAGUGUCCACAAGUGGAAGAGGCUAAAGCGGCCUGCAUAAUUGGAGGGAAAACUUACCAGGAUGGUGAAACAUGGCAAUUGGAUGCCUGCAAGUCCUGCGAAUGCCACGGCGGUGAGCCUCGCUGUGCGAUGGAAAGAUGUCCACCGAUAACGUGUCUUACCGAUCAGACACUGCGACAGCUUCCCGGUCAAUGCUGCCCCAAGUGUGUCGAUAUUGAUGGCAUAUGUACCGUUUUCGGAGACCCACACUAUAAAACUUUCGAUGGAAAGUUUUAUAGUUUCCAGGGGUCUUGUAAAUAUCAGUUGGUCUCUGAUUGUGUCAACAACACUUUUUCGAUUCGAAUUUCAAACGAUGCCAGAAACACGUUACAUUCUUCGUGGACACGAACGGCGACUCUGCGGAUAGGUACCACGAAAGUGAACAUGGGAAAAAAAAUGCGUAUAAAAGUUAACGGCCACAGAGUAUCGAUGCCAUAUAAAGAAAUAGGCGUCGCUGAAAUUGCACGCAGCAACGGAUCUGUGCUAUUAAAAGCCGAUAUAGGAGUGCAAAUGUUAUGGGAUGGUGACGGCUUUUUGGAGGUGACAGUGUCUAGUGCGUACAAAGGUAAAUUGUGCGGCUUGUGUGGAAACUUUAAUACUGUAGCGAGGGACGAUAUGAGAACCCGCGAUGGUAGACUUUUAAACGACACGUGGAGAUUCGGGACGUCGUGGCGUGUGGGCGGCAAAAAAGCUUGCACUCGACAGCAAGAGCGGCCGGGCAUGGCAUCUCGGUGUCGCCAAUCGAAGAUGUUGAAAGCGCGACGACUCUGCCGUGGUUUUCUGCGAUACGAAGCUUUUUCGGAGUGCAGUGGUAAAGUGAAUCCUCGCAACUACCGUGAGGCUUGUGAAUUGGACGCUUGUGGCUGUUCGGGUUCGCGCUGUCACUGUGCUGCUUAUAGAGCAUAUGCGCGAGAGUGUACUAGGCUUGGUAUGGAGCCUAAGGGUUGGGCGCGGCAGGCAUGGUGCGAGGGGCAGUUGCCGCCUUGGUUGAGCCGUCGCCGGAAGAGUUUUGGCCGCGUCGACAAGCCGAAGGAAUCCGACCUCCUCGAGUUCAGCGGGCUACCCAAACCAAACUCUACACGACCACGACCUCCACCUCCGAUUUUGCACUGAAUUGCUGAAACGCACCUUACUAGUCAAAUCUGCCAAUACGGCAAAUUAGAGAGUAUUACAAAGACGCAUUAACAGUUGUUACAUCCCAGACGAGACAAGCUUACAUGGAAUGAGGAUCUAUCUUAUUAGUUUAAAUAAACAGUAUUCAUAAAUAAAUCUACUUAUAGUUAGAAAAUAAUACAUAACUUUAUGUAAUAUAAAUAGGACCACCUUCAAGUUGCCUCGCGAAUCCAACCAGCGUUAAUAAAUUAAAACUAAGCUUUCCACUUAAAUUAAAAUCUUUGAUAUAUUUUUAAUGUGGUGUCCAAAGAGAAAAGUCAUUCCUAAUAUUUAAAAAAAAGUUAUGAAAGUAUUUUAUAUUGACGACUAACACUUAACAAGAAUAAAUUAUAAUGUUGUAAUGUUUUUAAACUCUAUUUUUUUCUAGUUAAAUGGUGUCAAAGACGUUUCUCUCUAUUAGCUGCUCGAUGCCAGGGUUGGGGAGCAGAUUCAGUCAACUGUUAUAUCUCAUUUAUUAUAAUAACUUUUGAACGAUAUAUCUGAGUUAAGCAACCAAAGGAUAAGGAUUUCCUUGCAAUGGAAUAAAGUUUGUAAUAUCACCCUCUUAAGUUUGUUCAAAAGCAAUUUUAUUAAAUGAGUAGUAGCCCGAAAAUAUAGGAAAUAACUAUUCAAACUACACUGAUGUUUAUCAACUUUAGAAUUCUGUAAACAUAUAAUGUCUAACGCAGCGACAAAGAUUGCACUCGCUCAGUAUUAGAGGUGCGAUCGAAUAAAACCUUAUUACAUUUUGAAAUUGCGUUUUAUACUGAUAUACUGAUGCUGUGAUAGCUCUGUAUUAGACGCUGUGCUUGCCGCUGUAUUUUUAAUAGAAUUCGUCAUUCAUGUAAAAAUAAUGAACUACCUUUUAAAAAUCCUACCCAACCCUAAGCAUACCAUUUCCCUACAAAUUAUAACCCUAGUAACAAUUUAAGUUGGUCCAUGGUUGGGUCAAAGAGUUUUAUAAGUCCAACGGCCAACUCUAAUUUUCACUAGAGAAAAUCAAUAUAUUUAUUACAUCCUAAUACUAAAAUUUUCUACUUAAAUGUGAUAAUUAGCUUUGAAUAUCUUUGACAGAAUAAUAUUUGGUAAUAAAUAGUUCAAAUCGAGAUCUCAUUCGUAGGUAGUACGAAAUUUAGUUAAAGCUAGCUAGCUAUCCGAAGCCAAGAAGCUAUAAGGAAUUGGGUGAGAGCCACUGAAUGUAAAUAAUUUCACUGAAGUAACACGAUUAUUGUUUAUAUUAGUUCAUAUUGUUUUAAUUGAAGACUCUUAAUAAUAUUUAGUUCUUAAAUACGUUACCAAUGAAUUUUUUACUUUUGACUUUGAUGUUUUUUCAUAUUAGCUUUAGUAAGUCGCGGGUAGACCAUUGAAUUUGAAAUUGUCUGGUACUUAUUAGUUUUAAUGAAUUUAUAAUAUUUUAUGUGGUUUAAGGACAAGUAUGAAGUACACAUCAGACAAAGAUAUUUUAAUAAUAUUAACUCUACCAACGAGAUCAGUAGCUUUAUCGCGUAAAUAAAGCCUUGAUGAUUGAUCUGUCUACGCCUAGAACAAUCCUGAUUAAUCUGCUGAUUUUCCAGAGCUUAAUUUCGACACAUUAAUCAGGGUCUCAGUUACGAGGUCGAGCCGCAGGUGUACCUUAAAAUAUUUUUCAUAAGGUCUCUCUACAACUCCCACGUGCUAUCGUUUAAUAUAAAAUGUUUAUCUUUUUCAAAUUCGAAAUAAACAAAGACUAUUUACUGCUAAUUUUAUAAGUUGCCCCUCUACUAUCCUAUAAACGUGUUAAGUGCCAUGAAAAAGCGGUAAUGUAGUAACAAAAUUGUGAUAGAGUCUACUGCUUUUUUGUCAGACAGUGCCUGAUUAUUUUAAAAAUAUAUUUAACCAUGUUCUUAUCUACGUAUUUAUUGAUGUCUCUUUUAUAAAUGUAAUGUGUAUGAUUAAGAAAGUAUUAAAAUCGAAAAUAUAUGUAAAGAAAUGUAUAAAUUAAGAUUAUUCUAUCACAAAGCUUUAAUGGUAUUCCGCUUUCUUCGAAAAAUAUUGAAAAUGCACUCUCAUUUAUUAAUUUUAAGUUUCUAUUCCUAUGUCUGUAAUUUGAGAAAACUCACUUAGUACUGUAUUAUUAUAUUAGUUACAUGAUGGCCUACGUUUUAUGUAGGCUUUUUAAGUUAUUUGAGAGUUAUGUUUGGAAUAUUGUGUAAGUGUUGUAAGUAAUAAUUAUAACAAUGUUCAUUGAAAUUAUAAUUACUAUUCUGAGGUAAGACGCUUUGGUUUUAUUGCAUAAUUUAUCAUAAGGAAAACUAUCCUUAAGUUUAGUACAAUGUUUAAUGAAAAACAUGUGUACCAACAAUAUACCUAAUGUCGUUUGAAAUAUUGUUUUUAGUAAUUUGCAAUUGUGAAUUUUUUUGUCCAUAAAGGUACCGAAUGUUGAGUGCCAUACAUAAACAAUAUUGGUAGAAAAACAAAUCAAAAUUAUAUUAUAAAACUUGAAUUAUAAAUUAUAGUAAUACUACAUCCAUGUGCUAUGUAAACGUAUUCGAUUCAAAGUUAUUGAAUAUUAUAUAUUGCAAGAGUGUUUGCAAAACAAAGAAUUUACCUAAUAAAUGAAUAUUAUUAUUCAC